UUUGCUCUAACCCCUUUUUCUAACUCUAUAUAACCCCCUCACAAAUCCAUAAUUCACCUCUUCCCCUUGGCUCUAGAACCAAUCACUCUCUCUUCUUUAGCGUUUUUAUAUUGUCUUCCUCGUUUUCUCCUACCUUUUCUAUUUUCUCUUUUCAGUUUUCUCUAGAAAAAAAAAAACAAUAAUCAGUGUGUUUGAUAAUAUUUGAUGUCGCAGAACUCUUGUGGAUCUUGAUGUUCAAACAUUCAUGUCUCCGGUGAUUAGUGAAAUCCUUAGAUCUGGUUUAACUAUAGACUCGUCUCUUAGACGCAGGACCCAUCUUGUUCAAUCUUUCUCCGUCGUCUUUCUCUACUGGUUCUAUGUUUUCUCAUAAAUCACCUCUCCUUUAGCCCUUUAUUAUUAUAUAUUCUAUAACCAUAAUAAUAUAUAAAAAACUAUAUACUAUAUAAUCUUUCAUAUUGAUAUUUACAUAAUAAACUUUGGGUCCUGCGUCUUAAUUUUCUGUGUGUGUGUUUUUAAAUAUGAAUAAUAAAACUGAAAUGGGAUCGUCGACAAGUGGAAAUUGCUCGUCGGUUUCAACCACCGGUUUAGCUAACUCCGGUUCGGAAUCUGAUCUCCGGCAACGAGAUCUAAUCGACGAGCGGAAGCGAAAGCGGAAACAGUCGAAUAGAGAAUCUGCGAGGAGGUCGAGGAUGAGGAAGCAGAAGCAUUUGGAUGAUCUCACUGCUCAGGUGACGCAUCUACGUAAAGAAAACGCUCAGAUCGUCGCCGGAAUCGCCGUCACGACGCAGCACUACGUCACAAUCGAGACGGAAAACGACAUUCUCAGAGCUCAGGUUCUUGAGCUCAACCACCGUCUCCAAUCUCUUAACGAGAUCGUCGAUUUCGUGGAAUCAUCGUCUUCAGGAUUCGGUAUGGAGACCGGUCAAGGAAUGAUCGACGGUGGAUUUUACGACGGAGUGAUGAAUCCUAUGAAUUUAGGGUUUUAUAAUCAACCAAUCAUGGCUUCUGCUUCUACUGCUGGUGAUGUUUUCAACUGUUAGAAAAUUUCACAUCAUUAUCAUCGUGAGUGAGACGAAUUAUCGCACCAGGGGUAAAAUUGUAAUUUUCUUAUAAAUUAUGUUAUGAUGCUCUGUUUUUGUUUUAUAAGAUCAUUAAUUAGUGUUUAAACUGAUUGUAAAAUGAUGGACAGUGUAAGAAAUGUGUUAUCAUGGAGAUGGUGAUGUGAGUUUGGUACAAAUA